CGUUUUGCAGCAUCGGUUCAUAUUGCGAAAAGAAAUAGUCUUAUAAUCUUUUUUAAGAACAGGUCUACGACUAUAUGUCUCGGAGACCUGAUAGGAGAAACACACGUUAUCUCUGGAUAGGAGAAGGAGAACACCUUAAGCACGAGAGUUAGUUGGAUAAAACACCAAAUACCUAAAUUAUACUGGCUGAGGGAUCAAUUAAAAAAAUGUUGUUUUAAAUAAAACUGUAAAAAAAGUUAGUUGGAUAAACAUCAUAAUACCUAAUUUAUACUCGCUGAGGGAUCAUUUAAAAAAAAUUGUGAUUUUAAAUAUGAAUGGAAAAAAAGAAGAAGUUAAGGAUAGGUUGCUGGCAAUGAUUGUUACUCUUUAGGCUUGCUGCUAAUUUAGUGGAUUUAUUAAAUGGAUGAGCAGGAAGCAAUGACUUUACUGGUGACCUUGAGACCGCCUAUGGUAAUGACACAUGUGAGACAUAGGUACAGUGUUAACAAGGGAAAUGCACAGGACAGGAAUUACAAGGACAACGUAUAGAACGAUUCAGUUAGCCUUGGAUUUGUGGACUGGUGGGAGGAAUAUUAAUUAGAAGAGAGGAUAAAGGGAGAGAAUAAAUUGUGAGAUGACGUAAACUAAUCUACUUGAAUUGCUACGAAAAUUUUAUUUAUUCUAAUCUAUCUUUCUUAUGUAAGAAGUGAUUGUAUCCUCCGUUGUCGCACUGUUCACAUCUUGCAUCAAUUCUAGAAUUCCACCUUGAAUUGCAGUUCAUACCAAAGAACAAGGCAGAAGAGAGGAAAUGAUAGUGGCCGUGCGUGUAUUUUGUGAUUAACAUACAACCUUUUUUAUUUCUCUAUUUAUUGUCUAAUUAAUUAUUAACAAGUCAUAUCUCUAAAACAGGAUGGCGUGAGUGUAAUCUUGUGCUCAUUAAACUAUUGAAAAUUUACAUCAUGUAUAGACAAUUUAGCAUAUGUGAGAUGAACGAAAAGACAGUGCUCCGUGUCAAGUAGAAGUUUCAGUUUUAUGUUCUAUGGAACUUGUUCUAGUGAUUCUCAUUUGCUUUUGAUGCUCUCUAUCUCAUGAUAAAGUGUAAUGCUCCUUUUAUAUUAAGGACUUAAUUAAAAACCACAAACAUGUAUACUAAGCACUAAUGGUCCAAAUUAAAUAAUAUAAGCAGUUCUCAUGUAAUCUUAAUGGGGGCCCUAUGCCCCUAUUGGCUACACAGAUGCGCACUCUUCGAUUAACCCCAACAUAGCAUUGUGGAAGAACGAUUGAGCAGCCUUUAGGAUUUAUGUUUUCUCGCAUGCGUGGAGUAAGAAUCGAUAUGAGGAUGCAAUGCCUGGAUACAAAAUUCUUUACUUCUUCAACUUCUCUGGCGCCAAUACAACUUCCUUCCCGAAUGGAAACUCAUCUUUGGUAUGUUAUACCUAAUGAAGUUAAGAGUGAACAACUCUUAAACAAAUACUUGGAAUUUCUACCAAAAUCUGAAAAAGAACGUGUUUUUAGCAUGCGUGGCGACGAACUGCAAAAAGGAGCUCUGCUUGCUCGUGCUCUUGUUCGUACUACCAUUGCGAGAUAUCAGACAAAUCAAGUUAGUCCAAGGUCUUUGAAGUUUAGGAAGAACAUCCAUGGGAAGCCUGAGGUAGACUGGCAACAGAUUGAGGAUUGGCAUCCUCAACAAUUGCAUUUCAAUAUUUCACAUACCGAAUCACUAGUAGCAUGUGGAGUGACGACGCAUAAUCCAAUUGGCAUAGACAUAGAAGAAAAGGAACGGAAGAUUAAACACAGUAUCUCAUCAUUUGCUAAAAGAUACUUUUCCCAGCAGGAGGUGCAACUAUUAAGUUCUAUUUCAGACCCCGAAAUUCAGCGCCAGGAGUUCAUAAAAUUAUGGACACUCAAGGAGGCUUAUGUUAAGGCAUUAGGAAGGGGAUUUUCUGGAUCACCAUUCAAAACCUUUACCAUCCGGUCUGUAGCUGCUAGCAAAGAAGGCAUUCAUCUUUCUGAAAGUUCCAGUUCUGAGAAUUCUGACAUAGUGGUCGAGUCUUUAGAGGAUUCCGCCAACCACACAGGCGAUUGGCGAUUUGCACUCUUGGAAUUGGCUGGGUCUCAUUAUGCUGCCAUUUGCUCAAAAAAGUACUGUGCCGAUAAAUAUAAAAGCCAUCCUAUGAAAAUGAGUGUGUGGAGGACAAUUCCACUUGUUGAAGAUGAAUAUGUUUCCGGGACUGAUUCUGUCAUAGCUGUUGGGGGGCUAAUGUAAGUAGCAAUUUUUGUGCAAGUUAACUAACCGAUUAUUAUUGUUGCUGGCAUGAUCUAAUCAUGAUUCCAGAUUGGUAUUGCAAGUAAUUAACUAAUGGUAUUGAAUGUAUUUUCGAGAUAAAUUGGUCCUCUUGAUCUUGUAUAUAGGGAUUACAACUUACAAUUGUGUAGACUAAAGAGGUUAAUGAGGUAUGACAUUUGAUCUAACUGCUCUGGACUGUAUUGCAAUUGUAAUGCUUACAAUUAUUUAUAUGAAAAACAAAGAUUGCUAUUGCACUUAACUUGG